CACAUUUACAAAAUAUUCCUUCAGUUAGUUUAUGCUAAUUCUGUUUAAAAGGAGGAGCUUUCUGCACUCAAUAGUAGAGCUCAAAGUCCAGCUGCCCCUCGGCACAAAACUCCAAGAAGAGGAACAGAAGAAAAGAAGUUAUCUACUCUCUCAACCCCAAGCUCGUCCAUAGAGGAUUUCAAUUAUCCUGAUCACAGCCUUGCCUGCAACCAUGUGGCCCUACCUGGCUCUUCUAAUGGGACUUUACUUACUCCUCCGAUGGUACUGGGAGGGACAGACGGUAGAGAACCUCAGAGAGAAAUAUGUCUUCAUCACUGGCUGUGACUCUGGAUUUGGGAAGAAGCUAGCCAGGCAACUGGAUGCCCAGGGCAUGCGGGUCUUGGCAGCUUGCCUCACCCAGGAAGGGGCAAAAGAGUUGGAGAGGCUGACAUCUGACCAGCUGAAAGUCACCAUCUUGGACGUCACCAGUACAGAAAGUGUGAAGGCAGCAACCGAAUGGGUGAAAGGAAUCGUGGGGAGCAAAGGGCUCUGGGGCUUGGUCAACAAUGCUGGCAUAGGUUUGCCUACAGCACCCAACGGGUGGCUGACCAAGGAUGACUUUGCAAAGGUAAUCAAUGUCAACCUGCUUGGGCUGAUUGACGUGACGUUGCACAUGCUGCCCCUGGUGAGAGCAGCCAGAGGAAGGGUUGUCAAUGUGGCCAGUUGCGCAGGAAGAGUGUCAAUUCUUGGAGGAGGUUACAGUCCAUCCAAAUAUGGUGUGGAAGCCUUCUCAGACAGCCUGAGGCGACAGCUCCUUCCUUUUGGAGUCCGAGUCAGCAUUAUUGAGCCUGGUGUUUUUGCGAAUCCCAUUAUCCUCGCAGGAAUGGAAAGUGUAAAGAGUACAUGGGACCGGGUGCCUUCUGACAUCAAAGAGACCUACGGGCAGCAAUGCUUUAUUUCCUAUUAUAAAGCUUUGCAAGAUCUUAUUAAAAAUGGCAACCCCAACAUCUACCUGGUCACUGACUGCAUGGAGCAUGCCCUGACCUCCCGGUAUCCACGCACACGCUACUCUGAAGGCUGGGAUGCAAAGCUCUUCUACAUUCCUCUGUCUUACAUGCCAACCUUUCUGGCAGACUGUGUGUUGGCACGCUAUAGCCCAAAGCCAGCACAGGCAGUGUAGUGCCUGUGGUAGAAAAGUUAUUGUGUUUAUAAAAGCCAACCAACAAAUAGUGUUGCAUCCUUCA